GUAAAUUCUCUCACCCGCCAUCCCUCAUUUUCAACAAUUUUCCCUCUCAAACGGAGUAAUCAAGUGUGAUCCCCCUCCUCCUGCAAUCAUCGCCCCAAAUUCUCCCACCAUUCAGAGACAGAGACAGAGUGACAGAGAUGACGAUUGAGAUGCUGAAAGGUUUGCCGUUCUCGGUAGACACAUGGUCGCCGAAUUCGAGCAGGAAGCGGCACCAUUUCCUCACGCAUGCCCACAAAGACCACACUCAAGGGAUCUCCACUCACGCCUCUUAUCCGAUCUACUGCACCCUUAUCACCAAGGCUCUAGUCCUUCAACAUUACCCUCAGCUUGACGGGUCAGUCUUUGCGACUAUUGAGAUGGAGCAGAGUUUGGAGAUUGAGGAUCCUGAUGGCAAAUUUAUGGUCACCGCCUUUGAUGCCAAUCAUUGUCCGGGAGCUGUUAUGUUCUUAUUUGAAGGGAUAUUUGGUAACAUUUUGCAUACUGGAGAUUGCAGACUUACUAUUGAGUGUUUAAGAAGAUUGCCAGAAAAGUAUGUCGGGAAGAAAGGAAGAGAGCCUAGGUGUCCACUUGAUUGUGUUUUCCUGGAUUGUACUUUUGGUAAGUUCCCAUCGAGGAUGCCCACCAAGCAGUCAGCAAUCCAACAGGUCAUAAACUGUAUAUGGAAGCAUCCUGAUGCCCCAACAGUGUAUUUGACAUGUGAUCUUCUUGGACAAGAGGAUAUCCUAGUGAACAUAUCCAGAACUUUUGGGUGUAAGAUAUAUGUCGAUAAAGUGAAAACUCCACAAUUUUUCCAGACUCUAGAACUUUUGGUGCCUGAAAUUCUCUCUCAAGACCCAAUUUCUCGUUUCCAAAUGUUUGAUGGAUUCCAUGGACUAUAUGAGAGGGCAGAAGCAAAGAUUGCAGAAGCUCGGGCAAAUCAUCAAAAUGAGCCUCUAAUAAUCCGUGCUUCUUCACAGUGGUAUGCAUGCAGUGACAAAGAGUGUUCAGAUAUGCAGAAACAGAAAAAGGAAAGGUUUGACCAAGCAGUGAGAGAUACAUCGGGAGUGUGGCAUGUCUGUUAUUCAAUACACUCUUCCAGGGAAGAACUGGAGUGGGCCCUACAAAUUCUUGCUCCCAGAUGGGUUGUUUCGACUACUCCCACUUGCAGGGCUAUGGAACUGGAUUAUGUGAAGAAGCAUUGCUUUACACGUAAGCGUGAUAUGGACGAUCCGUUUUUGAAACUUUUGGAGAUUGAUGUGUGUGCAUCAUCUCAAGGCAUACCGAAAGAAGCUUCUGUCACAUCUGUUGUCACCUCUGAGGGUAAUAGUAAGAUCUUAACCCAACUGGCAGUAUCACCAAGUAGGAAGGUGCAGCAUAUUCCUCCUCCGAGGAGGAAAAGGUUACCCAUCACCUUAUUUGGUAGAGCUAGGCAUGGGAUGGUGGAUCCCUCUUUUGCAGAAGUCAAUAAAGCCUCUAAGGUUUCUGAUAAGAAUCAUGCAUCAGUUGAAAUUAAGAUAGACUUAAGUAAAUCCAAAGAAUCAAAUAAUGGCUUGUCAGAGAAUGUUACUAUGGAGGGGGAGGAGAUAUCACUGGAACUGGAGAUGCAUAAUUAUAAAUCUGAGGAGUGCAACUCAACAGAUGAUAUAAAGGAGCACCAGAAAAAUGUUUCUGAUAUUACACCUAAUGGCUUGUCAGAGAAUGUUACUUUGGAGGGGGAGGAGAUAUCAGUGGAACUGAAGAUGCAUAAUUAUAAACCUGAGGAGUGCAACUCAACGGAUGAUAUAAAGGACCACCAGAGAAGUGUUUCUGAUAAUACACCUAAUGGAUCGUCAAAGAGCUUUAGUGCAAGCUUGAGAAGGUUAUACCGGUCUAUGAACGUACCGGUACCUGAGCCUCUUCCAUCACUUGUGGAACGUAUGAAUGCUAAUAAAAAACGUGCAAGGUGGUUGUGUAACUUGUGAGUGAGAUGUCCUCUCUGCCUUGUGGUUCAGCAUUGUCUCAAAUUGGUUCUUUCUCUACUCUUCUGUGUUUCCAUGGUUAAAUCUGAAGUUCUUUUACAGAAAGUGGGAAGUUCUUAAUGCAAUUCAUAUGGUACACUUUCCUGGGAGCCUUUUAGGCAUUGUUGCAAACCAAGUUUUUUUUUUUUACUUUGCUGAUAGGUCACUUUGUUCCUGAUUUUUUUUGUACAGAUAGGCUCUUUUUUUAUGCUUGCAUAUUUAUUCAAAUUGCAGAGACCAAUUUUGUCCUUGUGGAGAUUCAGGUUAUUAAACAUUGUCUAUGGAAAGCGAUUCUUUCAUUUCCUUUGUAAUAUAAACAAUCAACUUUUUAUGGUUCAUGUCAUCAUGUGCAUGAAUAUAGUUCUCUUUCUACUUGCUGGCGUGUAUUCUGGCGUGUUUUGAAAAUUGACAAUGGG